UAGCGAAAAAUAGCUGGUACUUGACGAAGCGCUUACAACGUGUUAUGAGUGUAUAUGAAUCGUCUAUGGCGUUGUGGCAACAAAGAACCAUGAUGAUGCGUAUGUAUAUGCUGGUACUGGUACUACUUUACAACCUUACAGAGAUAAAUUAAGUAACAGAAACUAUGUAUAUCAAAUAAUAUUCAGUAAGAAAACAAUGAAACGUCUUGUAUUUAUUUUAAAUGAAUUACUAGGUUUUUUAAAGCACUCUUUUGAAGAAAAUUUAAGAAUUUUUUGAUGUCAGUACUCACUUAUCACUACUCAGUUACUGUCAAAUCAUAAAUGUCACUAGCGUCAGAGAAGGCGGGAAAUGGGAAUAGCUGACUUAUUUUUUUUAGAAAGUUGGAAUUAUAUUUUAAUAUUUUGUAAACAAGUCAUUCAUUUUUUAAAUAAAAGUAUAAAUUCUGUACAUUCGUUUUUAAUAUGUGUUUAAUAUAAUACUCUCUUAUUUAAAUGGCUGAAUUAAAGGAAAUACGUUUGGAAAUAAACAAUGCGUUUAAACUCAGUGGUUUUACAAUACGUAGAGAAGCAAGUGGCUUUCUUGCCGAGCAAUUAUGUGGACUAUCAAAUACUGAGAGAUUAAGAAUUAUUGAUAAAAUAACUGCACAUCUAUUACACCAAUGUCUUUCACAACCAGUAUUAGAGAAAGAGCAUAUAGAAGUGGCGUUUAGAGAAUGUUCAUCAUCCGGUUUAGAAGAAACUGAAACAGUUCUGAACAUAAUUGACGUAUUUAAUGUUCCUAAAAUUUCAUAUGACAAUGAAAGAAAGAAAUUUAUCAAAGAUAUUACGAAUAAUAAUUUGUAUGCAGAACCUAAAUGGAAAGCCCAGUUUUUAAUAGACAGAUACACAAUAAUUUGGCAGAGAACUAUAAGAAAUAAGUUGUUUGCUAAAGACUCCCUGCCCUCAAUGGAAAGUGAGAAUCGAUUUCAACUUCGUAAAGUUGAGGUUUUGCUCAGUUCUUCAAGUAAAGUUGAUGAUGUUAUUGUGCUUGGACUUCUUACACAGUUGACAGAAGGAAAAUAUUAUCUGGAAGACCCUACCGGUAGUGUACUUUUAGAUAUGACACAGACAAGGUACCAUUCUGGUCUAUUCACAGAAAAUAGUUUUGUUUUAGCAGAAGGAUAUUAUGAUGACAAAGUUUUACAUGUGAUGGGCCUUGUAAUGCCUCCAUCAGAAAGCAGGGCAACUUCAAUGCCAUAUUUUGGUAACUUAAACACAUUUGGGGGUAAAUCAAAGUCAUUAUUGAAAAACUCGCAGAACUUACUUAAAAUUGAACAGGAAAAUGAAGAUGGUAUGAUUAUAUUCUUAUCAGAUGUCUGGUUUGAUAAUUUAAAGGUUAUUUCUAAAUUGAAAGCACUGUUUUCCGGUUUUAAUGACUUUCCACCAAUAGCGAUAGUGUUUAUGGGUGAGUUUUUAUCUUGCCCCUAUGGCUAUGAGCACAGCACACAACUAAAGGCAGCUUUAAUAAAUUUAGCUGAUGUGAUAUAUCCAUUCACAAAAUUAAGAGAAUCAUGCAAAUUCAUAUUUGUGCCUGGCAGAAGUGAUCCAGUUGCACCAAAUAUUCUACCAAGACCAGCAAUACCAAACUCUGUUACUAAAGAAAUUUGUGAUAAAUUAGGCAAUUCAGUUAUAUUCACAACAAAUCCAUGUAGAAUACAGUAUUGUACACAGGAAAUAGUUGUUCUAAGACAGGAUUUAGUUACAAAGAUGUGUCGUAAUGCAAUACACUUUCCGGAAACAGGUGAUAUACCAGAUCAUUUAACUAAGACAUUACUGAGUCAAUGUACUCUAUCACCAUUGUCUCUUGGUGUACAGCCAGUAUUCUGGAAACAUGCCGAUGCAUUACGCUUAUAUCCAAUGCCUGAUCUUAUUGUUAUUGGUGAUAACUUCCAGCCUUAUACAAGAGCUUAUCAGAAUUGUCAAGUUGUGAAUCCUGGAUCAUUUCCUCGUACAGAAUAUUCUUUUAAAGUGUAUGUGCCUGCAUCUAGGACAGUUGAAGAUUCACAAAUACCUAAUGAUGAUAGUUAAUAUAGUGAUCUUAAUGUUAUAUGUAUGUGAAGUCUGUGCCUUGUAUAUUUGUUGAAAUGUUAUUAAUUCAAUGUAUAUUUUUAAUCAGAAUUAUAAAC